CCCAGGCCGCCGAGGGACGGCGGGGCCGGCGCCAUGGCCGAGCGGGGCCGCCUCGGCCUCCCCGGCGCGCCCGGAGCGCUCAACACGCCGGUGCCCAUGAACCUGUUCGCCACCUGGGAGGUGGACGGCUCCAGCCCCAGCUGCGUGCCCAGGUUGUGCAGCCUGACUCUGAAGAAGCUGGCGGUCCUCAGGGAGCUGGAGAAGGAGCUCACAUCAGUGGUGAUUGCAGUCAAGAUGCAGGGCUCCAAACGGGUCCUCCGAUCUCAUGAGAUUGUGCUGCCCCCCAGUGGACAGGUGGAAACUGACCUGGCCUUGACCUUCUCUCUGCAGUACCCGCAUUUCCUGAAGAGAGAAGGCAAMAAGCUUCAGAUCAUGCUGCAGCGCAGAAAGAGCUACAAAAAUCGCACGAUCCUGGGCUACAAAACGCUGGCUGCGGGCUCCAUCAACAUGGCCGAGGUGAUGCAGCACCCCUCUGAGGGCGGCCAGGUGCUGAGCCUCUGUAGCAACAUCAAGGAGGCCUCCGUCAAGGUGGCUGAGAUCUGGAUCAUCUCCCUGUCCAGCCAGCCCAUCGACCACGAGGACAGCGCCAUGCAGGCUGGGCCCAAGGCCAAGUCCGCAGACAACGACUCUGAGGACGAGUACGAGAGCUUCUCCUCGGAGCAGGAGGCCAGCGACGACGCUGUGCAGGGGCAGGACCUGGAUGAGGAUGACUUUGAGGUGGGGAAGCCCAAGAAGCARCGGCGCUCGAUAGUAAGAACGACGUCCAUGACCAGGCAACAAAACUUCAAGCAGAAGGUGGUGGCGCUGCUGMGGAGGUUCAAAGUGUCCGAGGAGGUCCUGGACUCAGAGCAGGACCCUGCGGAACAUGUCCCUGAGGUGGAGGAGGACCUGGACCUUCUGUAUGACACACUGGACAUGGAGAACCCCAGUGACAGUGGCCCUGACAUGGAGGAGGAUGAUAGCGUCCUCAGUACUCCUAAGCCCAAGCUCAGGCCAUACUUCGAAGGCCUGUCACACUCCAGUUCACAGACGGAGAUUGGGAGCAUCCACAGUGCCCGCAGCCAGAAGGAGCCUCCAAGCCCGGCUGAUGUGCCAGAGAAGACACGGUCCCUAGGAGGCAAGCAGCCAAGUGACAGUGUCUCUGACACGGUGGCCCUUCAAAGUGCGCCAGCCUCUCGGGAGCCAUCGGAGCAACCUGAGGACAGCCCUGAGGCCGAGACCUCCACCCUGGACGUGUUCACUGAGAAGCUGCCACCCAGCGGGAGGAUCACCAAGACAGAGUCACUAGUCAUCCCCUCUACCAGGUCUGAGGCGAAGCCAGCUGGUCGCCGGGGCCGGAGCACAUCCCUGAAGGAGAGACAGCCAUCACGGCCACAGAACGAGCGGGCCAAUAGUUCCCACCCUGUGGCCAGGUACCUGGGCUCCGUGGACUACCGCUACCACAACUUCUUCCAGGACCUGGCUUGSAGAGACCUGUUCAAUAAGCUGGAGGCCCAGAGCACAGUGCAGGACACACCAGACAUCGUAUCCCGCAUCACCCAGUACAUCGCAGGGGCCAACUGCGCCCACCAGCUCCCUAUUGCGGAGGCCAUGCUGACCUACAAGCAGAAGAGGAAAAGGCACUUUCACUUUGACUUCACCCUGAGCCCUGACGAAGAGUCCUCCCAGAGGUUCAUUCCCUUUGUUGGGGUUGUGAAGGUUGGGAUUGUGGAACCAUCCUCCGCCACAUCAGGCGACUCUGAUGACGCAGCACCCUCGGGCUCCAGUGUGCUCUCCUCCACCCCACCCUCCACCUCCACGUCUCCUGCGGCCAAGGAGGCCUCGCCCACACCACCGUCCUCCCCAUCAGUGAGCGGAGGCCUGUCCUCCCCCAGCCAGGGCGCUGGCGCCGAGCUCAUGGGGCUACAGGUGGACUACUGGACGGCGGCACAGCCCACGGACAGGAAGAAGGACACCGAGAAGAAGGACCUGCCCACCACCAAAAACACGCUCAAGUGCACUUUCCGGUCCCUCCAGGUCAGCAGGCUGCCCAGCAGUGGUGAGGCUGCAGCCACGCCCACCAUGUCCAUGACUGUGGUCACCAAGGAGAAGAACAAGAAGGUGAUGUUUUUGCCCAAGAAAACAAAGGACAAGGAUGUGGAGUCCAAAAGCCAGUGCAUCGAGGGCAUCAGCCGCCUGAUCUGCACAGCCAAGCACCAGCAGAACAUGCUGCGGGUCCUCAUCGAUGGCGUGGAGUGCAGCGAUGUCAAGUUCUUCCAGCUGGCUGCUCAGUGGUCGUCCCAUGUGAAGCACUUCCCCAUCUGCAUCUUUGGACACUCCAAGGCCACCUUCUAGCCCUGCCCACCGUGGGGGUGGUGUGGGACACUGGAGGCGCCUAUUUACUGCCCCGUGGUGGCCACUGCUGGAGGGGCAGCUACAUUUCUGUUAACAUUGCAGUUUACUACACAGACAGACUGUCAAAAACACAAACCAUCUUAAGUACAGAUGUACUCACAGCCUGAAAACUAAGGGGCAGCUUCUUGCUGGGCGCCAAGUAACUGCCGUGCUUAUUAACCAGAAUGUCCGGCUGGAGCAGGGAGGCUGGAAGGUGGAGGUCAGUGUCCAGGGCCUCAGGAACCACCCAGAGCCCGUGAAGCAAGAAAGGUUCUUGCCUUCAUGUCCUCCUUCCUGGAAGACAGGAUCUGCUUCCUCAGGGAGCCCAGGGCAGGCACAGGCCUCGGAGCUUGGUGGCCAGGGGCCAAGGGUCACAGGCAUGCUCAGACUCCAGGUGUGGGGGGUGCCACCCCCAGCACCAUCCACGCACAGCUCCCAAUAAACUCCAGCCUUGUGGGGGAGAUUUUAUAGUAGCAGAUCUUUCUAAUGCUCUCAAAUACAUGUGACGACGUAGCUGCCAAACAGAUGUUCCUCUCAUGAAGUCCCCUUGGGGCUCCACAGAACCACAGUCCUGCCCACCCACCUCACCCCUUCCAGUCCCUCAGCUAUUCCUGAGAUACUGCUAGGCUUCUGUGUUGUGCUGUCCCAGACUGAGCCUUGGUCCCUGCAAAUGUCCUAGUGUCCAGCCUGGGAAAUGGUGAGCUGUGGCAGGGGUUGGUCUGAGGCUGAAGCCAAGUGCCCAGACACUAGCCUGCUGUGCCACACCCUCCAUCCCUGCCCUGCCUGCUGGCCUAGAGCAUCCAGAACUGGCCGUGUGGGUAUCUGGGCUGAGAUUGAGGAUCAUGGUGAACUGGGGAACAGGCAACCAGGUGUGUGUGGUACCUGCAGCAAUGGCGUGGCCAGUGCAGGCUCUGACAAGCAGGCUGAUCGCAGAAGGUGACUGCAGGAGCCAGGCACCCCCUUCAGCGCUGUGCGCCCUCCAGGCCAUGCUCCUUGGAGCAGCAUGUUGCGUUUGGGUCUCAUCCUGGGUGGCAGCCCUGCCCUCUGCCUUCCCUUGCAGCAGGACAGGAGUGUGCUGAACGGCAAUAGGGUCACCCACCUAACUACCUGCUCCACAGACCAGCAGGAAGGGGUGCUGCCUCAGACACGCUUCUCCCGACAUGCCCGAACCCUGCAGGCUGCACAGGAAGAGCCCACCCAUUCCUAUCCCCUUGGAAGCUGUAGCCUUCCCAGGGACACUGGUGACCCUAAGAACAAGAGCUGCACAAGGCUCUGCUCAGAAAACAGUGCCAAAUGCAGGACCACCUUCCUUGGGGUGAGAAUGGCCUAUUUUUCUUACCUGUGAUCUACUUGUUUACCUGCCCCUCUYUAGGGGGCUAGUGAUAGGACAUGGAUAUGUGGCUUAGAGGAGCCCUGUGAGCAGAGUGCCCUGCAGGGGACGGCCCCAGAGAACACCCUGCUGAAGUACACAGGGCUCUCAGUUCGAAUGGCCAUCCAAUUUCUUCCGAAAGGUCACUCUUGGUGGAAAAGAGAUGACUGAACUUUCUAUCCUCGAGGCCACAGAGACUGUGCAGAUUACCUGGCUGUGGGCAGCCCUUUCCUGGGGAAAACUUCCCUGGGUACUCUUCCCCAGGUGGCUCUGAGGCUCCACCCUGCAGGAUAGAGCCUCUUCAGCAGCUGGCCCUGGGUCCAGCACCCAUCUGGGCUGCUCCUGAGCACCAUGUGACCACCACCACAUAGGCCCUGUGCCAGGAAGGAACAAAUGGAGACCUGGACUACAUGCACUACUUGCCUCAGUUUCCCUGUUGGUUAAAGAGGAAGGUCACAUUUCCCCUGCCUACCUCAUGGAGCUGUUAUGA